AUGAGUCCGACACCACCGUCCACGACCUCUUCCAGCAACGGCGGGGUGUCCCCGGAAGGUCAGUUUAGAGUCGUCCGGAAACGAAAUCGAGUGCCCCUCUCAUGCGGCCCUUGCCGCCAUCGAAAGCUGAAAUGCAAUCGUUCCAAUCCGUGUGAGAAUUGCGUCAAGCGUGGAGACGCACAUUCCUGCACGUACGCACAGACAAAUUCUCGAAAGAAGAUUUCCGCAAACCAAGCUGCUUCAAAUUCUCCUGAUGACAUGCAAAACAGAAUUGACCGACUGGAGAGUCUGGUCCUGUCGUUGAUGACCAAUGGGUCUCAAUCUGAAGGCCCUGCCGCCGCCAUGGCAGCGAUAUCUGGCACAAGCAGCAGCGCGGGCUCCGGUCAGCAUGGUAUUGACCUGGAAGUCGACGAUGAUACACCUAUUCAAGAGGAGAGUGACACUGAGCAGGUAACCAAGUCAUUCGGCAUCAUGAAAGUGGACAAUAACAAGUCCUACUACAUCAGUGAUGCACAUUGGGCGUCUGUGCUUAGCGAGAUAUCAGAAGUUCGCACAUAUUUCAACACGCACAAGAAACAGUAUGAAGAACAGGUAGAGAAGCUGAAGGCAACUCGUCUCCCCACUGACGUACCUGGUUCAACCCUGCUUUUCGGGGCAAUGAAGCCAACGAGCCGAGCGGAGAUCAUGUCCUCAUUUCCUUCCAAGUACACGACAGACAUACUAAUCUCGCGAUAUUUCAACUGCUAUGACCCUGCAACUCAUUUCCUCCACGGCCCUACCUUCCAAGCUCAGUAUAAUAAGCAUUGGGAAGAUCCUUCCCAAACUUGCAUUGUCUGGAUCGGAAUGUUGUUCGCCAUGAUGCGGUUGUCAAUGCUGUCGUACUAUCGCGAAGGUGACGAGCCUCCAGAGUUUCGGGGCAAGUCUAUAGACAUGGCGGGCACAUUCAGGAACUUGGUGGCGAUGUGUCUUACACUGGCUGACUAUACAAAGCCUUAUCCAUAUCUCAUCGAGUGUUUAGCCUUUCACCUCCAUGGCGAUUAUUGCCAAACGAAAGAGGCUGAUAUAUCUGUAUGGGUGUUGAACGGCGUCAUCGUUCGGCUGGCCAUGAGAAUGGGCUACCACCGUGAUUCCAAAGCUUUUCCCAAUAUCACGCCAUUUCAGGGUGAAAUGCGUCGGAGGGUUUGGGCCUUUGUUCGGCAAGCCGAUCUCCUGUUUUCCUGUCAAGUUGGAUUGCCCAGCAUGAUUAGAACCGGAGACAGCGACAGCGACCUGCCGCGUAAUCUCUAUGAUGACGAUUUCGAUGAAAACUGCAAAGAGCUACCCCCGUCACGACCCCCGAGCGAGCCCACCCCGCUUUCCUAUCUUAUAACCAAGUCGCGGCUUUCAUAUGUUCUCGGCCAGGCAAUAGAACAGACGUCUUCACUUCAGAACGCGUCUUAUGACAAGGUCAUGGAAAUGGAUUUGGAGCUCCGCCGCGCGCGGGACAUGAUCCCAGAGCAUCUCCUUGUGCGUCCUAUCGAAGAGUCUCCGCUUGACUCACUGGUUCUCAUCAUGUCACGUUUUUCCGUGAUGAGUGUCUAUCACAGAGCACAAUGCAUUCUUCAUAGGAAAUACCUUAUUCGGGCACGGGAGAAUCCCCGAUUUACACAUUCAAGGAGGACUUGCAUUGAUUCUGCUAUGGAGUUGCUACGGUUUCAGACGAUGCUCCACGCGGAAACACGACCGACAGGUCGGUUGAGGAGUCGCCAGAAUCGAGUAACGUCUCUCAGCGCCAGCGAUUUCUUGCUUGCUGCAACCAUUCUAUGCCUUGAUCUUUACCAUGGAUACCAGGUGCCUAAUACCGCCAGGACUUCUCCUGAUACAUAUGCUUGGGGUAGGGAGCGACGAGAGGAGAUCCUGGCUGCUGUACAGCGAAGCAAAGACAUAUGGGAUGAGCUUCGGGAUGAGACCAUGGAAGCAUGGAAAGCUGGCGGUGCGCUUGGAGUCAUGCUCAGCAGGCUCCAGCGGGGUGGUCCGGAGGCAACUCCAAUCACUCCAGCAUUUGAGCCUCAUGACGAAAAACAAAGCGCUGCGAUGACCUUGGGUCUGCUUAGCAGUGGCAUGACCCCUCUCAGUCAAGGCGCGCCGUUCAAUGAUAUGGCGGCAAAGGCUGACACCCCCUUACCGGCAAUCCCAGGCUUCGGAGCGGACGCAGUACCCGGCGCUUCCUCCGUGUUCAACAAUAUGUUUGGUCAGAUGCCAGAAAUGCAAGUCAAUCUAGACUGGGAUGCAUGGGAUAACUACAUUCAAGGCGGCGCGCUUGAUCCGUCGAGCUCAUGGUGGUCGCCAAUGGAUAUACAACAACAGACUACUAACCCAUUAUCUCCGACCCAAUUACCGACGCAAAGUAAUACUGCUCGAACACUACCACGCACGAAUAACAUGUUCCCUCAAGGCAACGGCUACGAACAUGACGGCUCUACUUAG